UCGGUGGCUCGCGGGCUCGCGAGCUCGCCAGCCUGCAGGCGGGCCGCUACCGGGCGUGGAGCCUGGCGCCCGCGGCGAUGGGAAAUCCAGUUAUCAGAGUUGACUCCAGAAGAGAGAACCUAACAGACCUAACAAUGGAAGAAAUUGAGGAAAUUAUCAAAAAGCUACCAUCUCCCAAAACACCAGUCCCAGAUGGUGUUUCAGCCAGUGGAACAUUGACACCUGAACUUGACAUGAAGAUAGUACUGAAAUUGGAAACUUGGUUAAAAAAAUCCUUCCCGAAGAAGAUCUUAAGCAACACGAUGGAUUCAGAAGCUCAUGAAAAGAGGCCACCAAUCCUAACAUCUUCAAAGCAAGAUAUAGCACCUCAUAUUGCAAAUGUUAGUGAAAUGAAGCAUUACUUGUGUGGCUGCUGUGCGGCUUUCAACAAUAUAGCCAUCACAUUUCCCAUUCAGAAGGUCCUCUUUCGGCAACAGCUGUAUGGAAUCAAAACCCGGGAUGCAGUACUUCAAUUGAGGAGGGAUGGGUUUCGAAAUUUGUAUCGCGGAAUCCUUCCCCCUUUAAUGCAGAAGACGACUACACUGGCACUUAUGUUUGGUCUGUAUGAGGAUUUAUCUUGCCUUCUCCGUAAGCAUGUCAGUACCCCAGAGUUUGCAACCUGUAGCCUGGCCGCAGUACUUGCAGGAACGACAGAAGCAAUUUUCACUCCAUUGGAAAGAGUUCAAACAUUGCUUCAAGACCACAAGCAUCAUGACAAAUUUACAAACACUUAUCAGGCUUUCAAAGCACUGAAAUGCCAUGGAAUUAGAGAGUAUUAUCGAGGCUUGGUGCCUGUUCUUUUCCGUAACGGAUUCAGCAAUGUCCUUUUUUUUAGCCUUCGAGGUCCCAUCAAGGAGUACCUGCCUACAGCAACAACCCACGGUGCUCAUUUGGUCAAUGAUUUUAUCUGCGGGGGCCUGUUGGGUGCCAUGUUGGGGAUCUUGUUUUUUCCAGUUAAUGUUGUAAAAACUCGCAUGCAAUCUCAGAUUGGUGGGGAAUUUCAGUCUUUCCCUAAGGUUUUCCAAAAAAUCUGGCUAGAACGGGACAGGAAACUGACAAAUCUUUUCAGAGGUGCCCAUCUGAAUUACCAUCGAUCCCUCAUCUCUUGGGGCAUAAUUAAUGCGACUUAUGAGUUCUUGUUAAAGAUUAUAUGAAAGAAAUCAGUUAAGUGCCAUUAAUCAACUGAAUAGACCUAAGAAGAAUGCAGUUUGGCCUUGUUUCUAAUUGGCCAAAUACAAGUUGGUGUCCUAAGUCCAGGGCACAGUGAAUUAUGGGCAAAGCUGUUUUUCUUAAGCACCAACAAAUUCAGAAUAAAAGGUUUCAGUAGGAAAAUUUAAGGUUUUGGGGGGAUUUUGGGGGGGACAGUGUUAGUACUUUUUUUAAUUAUUAUCUGAGAACUUUAGGCUAAUUGCCUGGUUAAUAGCUGUCUAUCUGAUGGCUUUUGACAAGGAAACUAACAGCCAAGAUAUAUGAUACUUUUUUCCACAAAUCUUCUGUAUUGAAGCAUAAGUGGCCAUGACCAGCCAGAGGAAAGGCUCUUAGGGUCCCAUGAUUUCUCAGGCUUACUUCUAUUACUCCAUUUCUUCUCUGCUUUUAGGAGGAGUUACAAAGGGUAGUUUUUGUUAACUUAAAACAUAUACAUGGUAGGAAAAAGGAGCAGAAGAGAGAAGAAAAACAGCUUAUUAUGUGUAGGUUUUUCACGAUAAAUUGUUUGUAUUCGUUUUGAAACUAAGCACCUGUUGGGAUGGUCAUUAUCCAAAUUAUUUCUCUUUCGACGUGGUAGACUAAAGCAACUAAUGACAUCUCCCAUUUUGCUUUCUAGGGUAGAAAGUUUUCUCUGUAUUUCUCAAUAUGACCUUAAAGCUUCCCAAAAUAUUUUUAUAUUAAUUUCACUAUUUCGUUGCCAGAAAACGUGGAGGCUUAAAUUUUGUUAAAGGUGUUUCAUCCCAUUAAGAAGGUUCAUAUUACAGGUAUCCCCCACUUCUCCAGAGUUUCCUUUAUGCCACUUCGCUUUUACAAAAGACCUACAUUAGUACCUGUUUUCACUAACCAAAAGAAAUACGGAGAUGAUUUUUGCUUUUACAAGAAAAGGUGAUUGCUUCCUCAUUCUAUGCCAUUUCGGCUUACAAAAAGUUCCGCAGGAAUGCAGGGGAAACCUGUAAUUGCAUUACAGAUCCAAUUCUGUUUAGCUCAGCUUCUUUGAAUUGUUGUUGCCAAUUUAGUGAAGAGCUUUGGAGUUUUGGUAGUUUUUCCUUUGAGUAGUAGUUUGUCAUAGUCAAGUAUCCUGUUCUCUUGAAACUCCCUUUAAAAAAACAACAAAAUGCUUCCAUAAAAUUUUAUUUUGGAAGUCUAUUAAUAGGACCUCAGAUUUUUUUUCUGGUUUCUAAGUGUUCUGGGGAGGGGGAAAAAAACUCAGUACUUUUUCCCAGAUAAAUAAGGCAAAGUGACUCAUACACCAAUUGAAUAACUAAUAAAACAUACGAGACAUCCUAGAAAAGUGGUUUAUCGAUCUUUUAAAAAUCCACAUCUGUAAGUAUUCUGUCGUUAAGAUUACCUUCCAGCAUCUGACACGGAGCAGAGCACAUGGGUUUUAUUACCAGUCUUUCAUCAUUCUGGGUAAUUGCAUGUUACUCUGUGCACAUGCUGACCAAAAUAAAGUCAGGGUCUCAAUUGGUAGUUUACUCAGUUUCUGGACAGAUAGUCCAAAAACGAUGUUUACCUCUCAAUGCAGGGUGGCUGGUCAAGUGACAGGAACAUCUUCCUUCCAGCUGUGAAGCAUUCGGAGGCAUUGUCACGCGUUUGCCAGGCUGUAGUGAAGCUCACUAGCUUUACAAAGGCUCUGUCUGACAGCGUUGUGCUGGAAAUGGCCGUUAAUUUUAGAAACCAAGGUGCAGGUGUAAGGAUUUGAGAAAACAAGGAUUUGACACCAAAUAAAUGAGAGUAGCAUC